AUGGUUCAACCACAUCUCAUGCAAGUUCAUCUCAUGGGAGUGUAUCAGCUCAGACCCUACAAGUUCUCACGGCUCUACAGUAACUCACGAGUCAACUCAUGGGACUUCAUCUCAAGCAACCGGAUCGGCUCAUGGAACGUCUUUAUCACACACCUCUACAACUUCCCACGUCUCCACAGCAUCUCAUGGAUCAAGUUCGACUCAUGGAUCAAGUUCAACUCAUGGAUCAAGUUCAACUCAUGGAUCAAGUUCAACUCAUGGAUCAAGUUCAACUCAUGGAUCAAGUUCAACUCAUGGAUCAAGUUCAACUCAUGGAUCAAGUUCAACCCACGGAACCCCCACUCACGGAACUUCAACUCAAACAACUGGAUCAGCCCAUGGAGUGUCGUUAUCACACACCUCUACCAGCUCUCACGGCUCUACAUCUCCCCACAGCUCAGCCUCAACCCAUGGGUCAACUUCAACCCACGAGACUGCACCUCAUGUAUCAACUUCAUCCCAUGA